AAAAAGAUGAGCUAUUUCUUGACUGAAAAUGAAAUUAUAAAAACAGCAGGGGCAUUUAACCCUGCAACAAUCUUCCCUCCACUCCGCCCCGCCUGAAUAAACAAAUUAAAUACACCAAAAAGAAAGUCAAAACUGAUUCGUUUAUGGAAGAAGAAGAAGAAUCGGAAUCAGAACGGAAAAAGGACAAAUCUCCUCCCAGCUUUCCCCUAAAUUUCAUGGCCCCUUAAUUCAAGAUCAAAAGAAAAAAAGAAAACACAAAAGAUUUGUAGGAUAGAGAGUUUCAAUGGGCAAAGGCCCCUUCUCAUUCCGCCGCUCCUCCACUCGGCGACGGCGUCCGAAAUCCACUACGGUCCCACAACCGCCGACGCCGACGCCCCCGCCGCCGCCCGCUGGAGCCGCUUCUUCAUCUUCACCUCCGCCUCCGAGCGCAGGUAAUUUGAUUGGCGGUGGCGGUGGUGGUGGUGCGGUGGGAGCGGCGGGGAAGGGGAAGAAGAAGGCGGCGGGGGCAAAGCUAUGGAUGAGAUUUGAUACGAUGGGGAUUUCGGAGUUGGUGGAAUACGAUAAGAGUACGAUAAUUGAAAGAGCUUCGAUUCCUGCUAGGGAUUUGAGGAUUCUUGGCCCUGUCUUCUCUCACUCCUCCACUAUUCUUGCCAGGGAGAAAGCUAUGGUUGUCAAUUUAGAGUUUAUAAAGGCUAUAGUUACAGCCGAAGAAGUUCUUAUACUGGAUCCACUCCAACAGGAGGUUCUUCAAUUUGUAGAUCAACUAAGACAACAACUUCCUCAUAAAAGUGCAUGUAAGAUCCAAGGAGCAGGUGCAAUGGAUGUAAAUGAUAGUGAAAUGCAUGUAUCAACUGGUAGACAGUGGUUACCGGUUCCAGAAGCCAUGGAGGGUUUGCAGUGUGAACUUCCGUUUGAGUUUCAGGUUCUGGAGAUAGCUUUAGAGGUUGUCUGCUCAUUUUUGGACAAGAGUGUGGCAGAACUUGAGAGAGAUGCUUAUCCCAUCUUGGAUGAACUGGCCAGAAAUGUCAGUACCAAGAAUCUUGAACAUGUGCGGAGUUUGAAAAGUAAUCUCACUCGUCUUCUUGCACGUGUACAAAAGGUGAGGGAUGAAAUUGAACAUCUACUGGAUGACAAUGAAGAUAUGUCUCAUUUGUAUUUAACAAGAAAGUGGAUCCAAAAUCAGCAAUCCGAGGCUCUGUCAGGAGCUGCAGUUUCAAAUAGCAUCAGUACUACUACAACCCAUCUACCUCGACUUGGUUCACACAGGAGUGCAAGUUUGGUGAGCAGCCACAAUUUGGAUGACGAUGAUGUCGAGGAUUUGGAGAUGUUGCUUGAGGCUUAUUUCAUGCAGCUGGAUGGAACACGUAACAAGAUAUUAUCUGUUCGUGAAUAUAUUGAUGAUACAGAAGACUAUGUCAAUAUCCAACUUGACAACCAGCGAAAUGAACUCAUUCAACUUCAAUUGACAUUGACCAUUGCAUCGUUUGCUGUAGCUGUUGAAACUUUGGUAGCUGGGUGGUUUGGUAUGAACAUCCCUUGUACAUUGUACAACAAGGAUGGGAUAUUUGAACUCUUUGUUGGAGGUGUUACAGCAGGGUGUGUGUUGAUUUUCCUGCUUAUCCUAGGGUAUGCCAGAUGGAAGAAACUGCUUGGUUCUUAAAGUCAUCCUCAUCAUCAACUAUAGCCGUAUAUUCUUACUAAUUCAGAUCUAUAAAAUAUAUUAGCUUAUUUAUGGAUCCCAGCAAUGGGAUGCCGUUGAAGUAUAUACAGAAUACAAGGGCCAGUAUCCAAGUUUUCUGGUACAUGUUUUAAGUGUACAAUGUGGACGUACAUUGCAUGAUAUGUACCAUAUCAAUGUGCAUCUUGAUAGCUAGUUUUACAUUUAUUCUGGUGUUUUCCCCUGAAUGAGAACCAAGCUUUCUGCACGAAGAAACGGUUGCCAAUAAAUGUGGUAGGGCAAGCACACCGUUUUUUA